GCGAAUCAAAAAGAAAGUUCUUGGAAAAACUCGUUAUUUGAAGUAAUUCUCAAGAAAAAAGUCACAUUUAGAAAUAUGAUUCUAUUAAUCUCAAGACAUUAAAGAACUACAUGAAUGAAGCACAAAGGUAUCACAUUGUCUUCAGAGAGUGAACAGGAAUGUGAUGGAGCACAUGCAUGCCCACCAGGAAGGCUUAAGUCUGUUGACAUUUCAGAUUACAAACUUUUUGAAGAAGAGCAAAGGACUACCCAAAUUAUUUAUAGCUACAAGGGAGGGAAAAAGGUACCCAAGCUAAGAGAACCACGCAAUUUGUUUGCUUUUAAUGAAGAAAGAAAACUUCAAGCGCCAAGAUGGCCAGGAGAGAUGAAAGUAUUAAAUAUCCGACCAAGAUUUAUUGAAUAUACUCCUAAAGAGCCUGAGCCUUUCUGCAAACAAGGCAAAGCGUGCAGUGGUUAUUACAGCUAG